UAGGACAGAGAGGUGUCCAGGUGAAGACUGCGCCUCGCACACGGAGACACACGCAAAUAACAGGGCUGCUCAGACUGAAACUAUUUAUUAUUGUUGUUAUUAUUAUUCGUGUAUGUCGCUUAUAAUGGAGGUGACACAAGAAGCCAUCCUGUCCUUGCUGAUCGCAGACGGAGGCAAAAUGAAGAACGCCGACUUGCUGGCUCGGUUCAAAGGUUCCUUAAACUGCGCCGAUCCCGCGGAGAAGAAGCAGAACAGGGAGCUUUUCAAGAGCUGCGUCAACAGCGUCGCCUUCGUCAAGGAGAUCGACGGCGUCAGGUACAUCGUGGUCAAGAAAAAAUAUCUCCAUUUACUGCCGGGCGGCCGAGGCGAGGAGCAUCGCGCUGCAAAGAGUGAACAUGAAGAGGCAGAUCUGCGGCCAGGUGAGCGCCCACCUGAGGAGGAGGAAACCUGUGAGGAUGGAGGAGGGGGGCAGAGCUCGGCCCCUGAUCAAGACCACAGGGAAGGUCCCAGUGACUGCCAUGACAAUCUGACUGAAUCACUGUCCCCCAUACAGCUGGCACUACAGAGGAGCAAAUCAAUAGACUUUAGACUGAAAAGAGCCUUGAAUUUUGAUAUAGCACAAAGUUCAGAGGAGGCAGUGGUGCAUGCAAAUGAAACCAAACCCCAAAGUGUCCACAGCAAACCUUACGCCCUGCCUCUGAGGAUGCCACCGAGCGCCACCAGAGUGGAGAUCCACAAGCUGAAAGGUGACUCGGAUGAUCCUCCCGACAGCCCGCUGGACGCAGACGCCUUCAGAAACAAGAGGAAGCCCUGGAUGGAUGGUGGCGGCGGCCUCAGCUCGCCCCAGCCAAGGAGGGCGGUGAAGAGCACCAAGGCGUCCGAGGAACCCAGGUUCCCCUCCACGGUCCCACUGGAGCAGGCCGAGCAUGAGUGGCUGGUGAAAUGCGCCGCCGGCCACUGGAGCCAAGCUUACGGCCUUUUGCUGAUGGACAACCAGCUCGCUGAGAAGAGGGAUUUCAUGUCAGGGUUCACCGCCCUUCACUGGGCAGCCAAGUGUGGAAACAGUGAGAUGCUGGGGAAGAUCAUCGACGUGUCCAAGCAAGGAGGCGUGGACAUCGACAUCAACGCAAAAGCAUACGGGGGGUACACUCCCUUACACAUUGCCGCCUUGCACGACCAGGAGUUCAUCUUGGCCAUGCUGGUGGGCGAGUACGGGGCUGACGCCAGCAUCAGGGACAACUGUGGGAAGAGGGCCCAUCACUAUCUGCACAAAGGGGUUUCAGAGACGGUGAGGGAGAUGCUAGGCGAGCCCAAAGUCCAGCCGGCGCAGGAGAGUGCCCAGCAUGACAAGGAGGAGCUGGAUCUGUUCCCGGAUCUCUCCAAAGGCCUGCAUACAAUAAGUCGUCUCUUCCAGCCCCAUGUGACCGGGCACAAGAAGAAGCACAAGCAGAGGCCAGCUUUUUACUCAGUGAGCGAUGAUCCCAGGGAAGGAAGAGAGGACAGCAACGGCGGCUCCAAGCACAGAGUCCUGUCAGAUGUUUUUAUGUAGAGCCCUUUCACUCGUUUUAUUCCCAUGAGAGAACAGGCUCUGAGUUUAACAACGCCUCAAAUAGUUUUUACACUCCGUUUACACUCCAUGCUGACUGAGUGAGGAGUGAACUUUGGUUUUAUUUCUCAACAAGUGUUGGUCUGAUCUGCCUCAGAAAGUUACUUCAAAAGUGAAGAUGUGAAAUCAAAUUCUAUCAUGUGUCAGGAGGGUUGUGCUUGUGAUUUAAAUAUCAAUAAUUACUUAUUUGUUUUCAUGUUGUGACUUGCUGAUAUUGAAGUGGCACAACAUUUAUACUGGAAAUUAUGUGCUAAAGUUGGUAAUGGGGUAGAUAAUGUAUGUUCUCAUGAGUUAUUUUUUUAUUAUUGUCAUUUGUCAUGUCAGUUAUUUUGUCAUUUUAGUUGUAUCAUUUCAGUUCAAAAUCAACUGCACUCAGCACUUAAACUGGAAAUGUAGCUGCAAAAAUGAAAUUAUUUCAUUACCUAUCUUCCACUGCUGUACCAUGUAUUCAUUUUCAUUGUGUAUUGUGAUUUCAAAUGGCAUCGUCCUCCAUAAUUUGUUAGAAACACUUUAGAAACAAGUACACAUACUAUUUAUUUUCACUGUUUACAUCCAUUCAUAAUUACACUGUAAGUUUAGAUGCUCGUUCUGUGUUAAAUUUUCAUAUUUGUCUAAUGAGUGAAUCAAUAGUGUCUAUGAAGUUAUAUUCCCACUUUAGCAAAUCUGGGUCAACAAUGAUUUAACAGCAAAUGAUUUUCCUUUGUGUUUUCAUUUCUGGACUAAACUGCUGAGAUGAAGUACAGAGAGCACAGUGUUAUAGCCCCACAUUUCUAGAGGUUUACAAAAAGAAACAAAGAUUUACUGACUAAUGGGUGAAUCAAACAGCUCCCAGCAAAAAAAAAAAAAAAAAAAAAAAAAAGAACAAACUGUAAUGUUUUUUCCUCUGAGGGUGAUUUAGAGGACUUGCAUCUUCAUUGCCA